AUUCUCGCUUCAUUGCCUGCAUGGUGGCGUUUCCUGCAAUGUUUACGGCGAUUCCGGGAUUCCGAUGAAAAAAUUCAUUUGGCCAACGCCGCAAAAUACACAAGCAGCAUUGUUUCUAUUUGGAUGGCGACAUUACAACGGAUUUAUCGCAAUGUGGCCACCCUGUGCCUCUGUACUUCUUUGCUCAAUUCAACUUACACUUCCGCAUGGGAUCUCAAAAUGGAUUGGGGCUUGCUGCAGCCGCAUGCCGCCUCAUUUCUCCUGCGUGACGAAUUGGUGUUUCACCGCUGGGUUUAUUACGUAGCGAUACCUAUCAAUGUGUUCCUAAGGUUUUCAUGGAUGUGGUCAUUGUUCUUACCAAAAUGGAUCCCAUCUCAAUGCCUUGGUUUUGCUAUUGCCUUGCUGGAAGUGCUGCGACGGUUGCAAUGGAAUAUUUUCCGCCUUGAAAACGAGCAUCUCAAUAACUGUGGUCAGUAUCGAGCCAUCAAGGAGAUUCCUCUACCGUUUGCUUUGACAGACGUGAAACUGCUCGAUCAUGAUGAAGAAAGCAUCGGAUCCAUACCUCACCCGGUCUCAGAAGGUUAUCGAACAGAAGGUUUGCCCAUCACACGUCAAUCCUCGUUUGCGAGAGAAUCCGUCUAUGGCUCUUUCUAUGGCCGUCGCGAUUUUGAAAAUAAGCAAGACGACCACCUCCUGUCUUCUCGAGAUCCCUCCAUUUUCCGUGAAAGACUUUACAGCAGCCGACCCGCAUCUAUCAUUGAUAAUGUGGUCGAACGUAUCCGCAGCUUUGGUCAUUCCAGUAUCGCCAGUUACCAUGACGAUGAUGACGACGACGACGAUUACGACGAUGAGGCGUCGGCAAAAAACUUUAUUUCACUAAAAUAG